GCAGCAGGGGAGGACUCAGCUCAUGGCUAUAAACGUGAGGAGCCGUGCACAGAUCUCCCUUCCCACCACCAGAGCCUGUCUUGCUCACAUCCGUCCGGUUCGGCCAGCAGAAGCGGUACCAGGACUGGUUUCAGCGGCAAUACCUGUCCACCCCAGACAGCCAGUCCCUGCGCUGCGACCUCAUACGCUACAUCUGCGGCGUGGUCCAUCCCUCCAAUGAGGUGCUCAGCUCCGACAUCCUCCCACGCUGGGCCAUCAUCGGGUGGCUGCUCACCACCUGCACACAAGAUGAAAUCUGACCUGGAGCUCGCCUUGGAGUGCAUCAUCAACAUCUAUCACCGGUAUGCCCCGAAGGACUACCCCAUGGAUGACUACCUGAACAAGAGGGAGUUCACAGAUCUGAUGAAGAAUAACGCUCAGACCUUCCUCACUGACACCAGGCCGCCGAACUCCUCCGUAGAGGAUUACAUAGACAAGCUCUUUGCCAGAGCAGACAGCAACCACGAUGGUCGCCUGAAGUUCACCGAGUUCCUGAACACCAUGAGUCUCAUCUACAUUGAUGCCCACAAUAGGUCCCACAAGCAUUCAGAUGCUGUUCAUGGCCAUGAUCACUAAAACUGAAGUGGUUCCCAGGGUGACUGCACCCAUGGGAUUGUGAUUUCCAGCAGCAUCAUCUGUUCCACUGGCCUGGAUGCAUAAAUCUCUAUCCAAAUCUCUGUCAUCUGCUUCUGCCUAUGGCAUUGGAAUAAAAUGUCUUUCU